AUGAUAUUGGCACCAGAAUAUGACCUGGAUGAUGGUGUAGAAUACCCAACCAAAUCGAAAUAUAGUUGGGCAUAUAAUAAGAUACCAUUGUCAAGAUCUCAAUGGAUGUAUCUAUUGAUUGGACAAUGUUUGGUAUCAGGUGUAGUUAACUUCUUUGUCAAUCUCUUCUUGACAUGGUUAAUGUAUCCAAGGGAUUUAGGUGCAACCAUUUCAUUCUCUGGACAAAUAACAUGUAUAUUCUCGGACAUUAUAGUUACAUCCUUUGUUCUACCAACAAUAACAGCAAUCAUUGCUUCAUUCUUGGUGACAUUCGAUCUUCGUAGAGGACAAUUCAUUCAACCAAUUGACGAGAGAUGGUUAAAGCAUCCAUUCCUUUCUUGGGUACCAACUGGUAUCAAUAUUAAGAUCAUUUUGAAGAGAGCAGUUAUAUUCGGAGUGUUUGGAGUAUGUAUAUUUGCACCUCCAACACUUAUAUGUCUGUUCAUUGCAACAAAGGGUAAUGGAUACAUGCUUCUCAAAUGGCCAUUCUAUAUCUUCAAGGCUACAUGGUGUUCUCUACUUGCAAUGGUUGUUGCACCAUUGAUUGCCUUUAUCCUUGUUGCCUCCUACGAUCCAAAUGACAAAUUCUUC